AUGAAAGUAUGUAAAAGACAGAGGCACAUAAAUCAGUGUGAAAGGAAAAUUAAGUGGUGGAGAUUAAAGGAUAAAAAUUUGAGACAGAACUUUAGUGAUAAAGUACUGGGAAAGAUAAAAUUGGCAGAGAGUGUGCAGGAGUGGUGGAAAAUAAAUAGUGCUGUUAUAAGGAAGACCGGGGAGGAAGUGUUUGGGUUAACAUUUGGGAGAGGGGUGCCUAAAUGUAAGGAAGCAUGGUGGUGGGAUGAAGAGGUGCAGAAGGUUGUGAAGGAAAAGAAAGACGCUAAGAGGAAGUGGGAUAAGUCCGGAAGUGCUGAGGAUGAGCAAGCAUACAAAAGUGCAAAGAAGGAGGCUGCAUGA